AUGGCUAGAGCAGAUUGUAGACCAAUUCCAACGAUCUACCAGGAGGAAAUUAUAAAACUGCGAGCUGUUGAAGACCCUAAUGUAGUGAAGACCGUUCCUACCUUCUACAGCAACCAUAGCAGCUCAUACAGAGCGAGAGACAAAGAACUCCCUACUCUUCCUAUCCGACGAUCUGACAUCAAUCAUCCCGACAUGUACAAGGAAACCAACAACGGCGAAGAUUUCCUGAUACACCAAGAUGACGAUAUGCUUAUUUUGUCAACAACCGAAAACUUGCAACAUCUGUCCGGCUCUGAGGUUUUGUUUUGUGACGGCACCUUUAGUGCAGUUCCAGAAGUGUUCCACCAACUUUAUUCUGUUCACGCUCUUGUUGAAGGAAAAAUGUUUCCUCUAGUGUAUUCCCUGCUUCCCAACAAGAAACAAUCAGCGCUUCUUCAUCAUCCUCCAGCAUAA